AUGGGAUGUAGUAGAUGGAGAGCUGCGUUCAACUUCGGACACCUGAAGGUGCAGUCCAAGCUGUCCGUCUUCUUGACCAUGAUCAUCCUCUUUGUUUAUCUCUUCUACUGCCUCAACGGAUUCUGCGAGUCCUUGCCCAGACCCGUUUAUGACCAACAGAGUCACCACAAAAACAAAAAUGUCCAAAACGACGCACACGAGGCAUCACCGGGGCGAGCCGGUGCGCACUUUGUCCGAGACCAAUUGUCGGACGUUGCUUUUACCGCAAAUAACAACAGCAUCUCCAUCGCGAACAACUUUGGGAGCAAAAAGUUUCCUCAGGCCAUCAUCAUCGGGGUGAAGAAGGGAGGAACGAGAGCUCUCCUGGAGUUCCUGCGCAUCCAUCCGGACGUGAGGGCGGUCGGAGCCGAGCCUCACUUCUUUGACCGCUUCUACGAUAAGGGACUGGACUGGUACAGGAAUCUGAUGCCCCGUACACUGGAUGGUCAGAUCACCAUGGAGAAGACCCCCAGCUACUUUAUCACAAAGGAAGCCCCUCGCCGCGUCUUCGCCAUGAGCCGGCACACCAAGCUGAUCGUGGUAGUGCGGGACCCCGUGACCCGGGCCGUUUCCGACUACACGCAGACCGUGUCCAAGUCGCCGGGGCUCCCGUCCUUCAAGAACUUGGCCUUCCGCAACGCCACCACAGGCCUCAUCGACACCUCUUGGAGCGCGGUGCGUAUCGGGAUCUACGCCAAGCACCUGGAGAACUGGCUGCGCUACUUCCCGCUUUCCAGCUUCCUGUUCGUCAGCGGCGAGCGGCUGGUGUCGGACCCCGCCGGCGAGAUGGGCCGCGUCCAGGAUUUUCUGGGACUCAAGCGCGUGGUGACAGACAAGCACUUCUAUUUCAACCAGACCAAAGGCUUCCCCUGCCUGAAGAAGCCAGAGGGGAGCAGCAGGCCACGCUGCUUGGGGAAGUCAAAGGGCAGGCCCCAUCCCCAGAUCCCCUCAGACAUCCUGCUCCGACUCAGAGACUUUUACAGACCUUUUAACCUCAAAUUCUAUCAGAUGACGGGUCAGAACUUCGGCUGGGACAACACAGCUUGA